AUGGCCUUGAAUGCUGCUUCGCACAACCCCACUGCGUCGCCUACUGGCAGCCCUUCUGGUCCACCACCACCUGUGGACGACUCCUUGAAUAGUGCUGUGCAGGAUGUAGCCAAAAAAGAUGCUACGGGCCAGAAUGAAGGCGGCAAGGACAAGGUGGGCAAUAACGACGGUCAGACCGUAGUGGGUGAAUCUGGCAAGGAAAAGACUGCCAAAGAAAUUGAGAAGGAACGCAAGAAGGCCGAAAAGCUUGCUAAGUUCAACGAGAAGAAGGCCAAACAACAAUCUGCCACUCCUGCUGCCGCCGCGAAACCGAAAGAGAAGCCCAAGAAGACCUCUAACGUCGAUGCCUACGAACCACAGAAAAUAGAAGCUGAUCGAUAUGAAUGGUGGGAAAGCAGAGGCUACUUCAAGCCGCAGUUCACAAAAGAUGGGAAGAUAAAACCAGAGGGAAAGUUCGUGAUACCAAUACCACCGCCAAAUGUGACAGGUUCAUUACACAUGGGUCAUGCUUUGACGAACUCGUUACAAGAUACUAUGAUCAGACAUGCUCGCAUGCGCGGCAAGACUACUUUAUACGUACCAGGUACAGACCAUGCUGGUAUUGCAACUCAAGCAGUCGUCGAGAAGAAACUUUACAAGGAAGAGAAGAAAACCCGCCAUGAUCUGGGUAGAGAAGAGCUUCUCAAGCUGAUAUGGAAGUGGAAGGACAAGUACCAUGCCAAUAUUACCUCACAACUGAAGAGAAUGGGUGGCUCGAUGGAUUGGUCAAGAGAGGCUUUCACCAUGGAUGACACAAGGGCUGCUGCUGUCAAGAAGACCUUCGUGCAGCUGUUCGACGAGGGUAUAAUCUACAGGGACAACCGUCUGGUCAACUGGAGUUCGGCUCUGAGCACUACGCUUUCCAAUCUGGAAGUGGACAACCAAGAAUUGACAGGGCGGAAGAAGCUCAAGGUCCCGAACUACGACAAAUUGAUCGACUUUGGUCUCUUGACCUACUUCAAAUACCCUAUCAGCAAAGAUCCAGCGACCGACAAGGCAGCCAAGGACAACAACUACCAAGGUUACCAAUUCAUUGAGGUUGCCACAACACGUCCGGAAACCAUGCUUGGUGAUACCGCUGUAGCUGUGCACCCCACCGAUGAGAGAUACAAGGAUCUUGUGGGCAAAUUGGCCAUACAUCCUUUCAUUCCUGGUCGAAAAGUGCUUAUCAUUGCCGAUGAAGAAGUCGAAAAGGACUUUGGUACUGGUGCCGUAAAGAUUACACCCGCCCACGACGCGAACGACUUUGCAAAAGGCAAACGACACAACCUGGAAUUUAUCAACAUAUUUACUGAUGAUGGUUUAGUCAAUGAGAAUGGGGGCCCAUUUGCUGGACACAAGCGAUUCGAUGUUCGAUAUGGUGUGAUCGAAGGUCUAACCAAGCUAAACCUAUACGUCAAGCAGGAGGACAAUCCGAUGACGAUACCCAUCUGCUCCAGAAGUGGCGAUGUCGUGGAGCCCGUACUGAAACCACAAUGGUGGAUGAGAAUGAAAGAGCUUGGUCAGGCAGCCGAGGAUGCCGUCACAAGUGGUCAGAUCAAGAUCCGUCCCGAGAGUGAGUCCAGGCGGUUCAAUCAGUGGAUGCAGGGCAUUACAGAUUGGUGUCUGUCUCGUCAGUUGUGGUGGGGCCAUCGCUGUCCAGCCUAUCUCGUGCAGGUAGAAGGAGAAACGCCGGACGACUCUGUGGGUGAUAGCUGGGUAUGUGGCGAGACAGAGCAAGAGGCACAAGAGAAGGCUGCAGCGAAAUUCCCAGGCAAAAAGUUCACCCUGAGACAGGACGAAGACGUACUGGACACGUGGUUUUCUUCCGGUCUUUGGCCCUUUUCGAUAUUAGGCUGGCCUGGCGAGACGCAAGAAAUGCGAGAACUAUAUCCGACGUCGAUACUGGAAACUGGUUGGGACAUCCUUUUCUUCUGGGUGGCGCGAAUGGUGAUGCUUGGACUCAAGAUGACUGGCAAAGUGCCGUUCACAGAGGUCUACUGUCAUUCUCUGGUUCGAGAUUCGGAAGGCAGGAAGAUGUCCAAAUCACUCGGCAACGUUGUGGAUCCAGUAGAUAUCAUUCGUGGUAUCACCCUACAAGGCUUGAACGACACGCUAUUGCAAGGAAACCUUCCCGAAGCUGAGAUCGAAAAAGCUAAGUCAUAUCAGAAGAAGGCAUUUCCCAAAGGCAUAGAGGAGUGCGGCGCUGAUGCUCUGAGAUUUACGUUGGUCAACUACACAACAGGUGGUGGCGAUAUUGCCUUCGACAUUCGCGAGAUUGAGGCAAAGCGACGAUUCUGCAACAAGAUCUACCAAGCCACAAACUUUGUGCUUGGAAAGUUAGGUGACGACUUCCAGCCUGCUGCCAGUCCACUCGACAGCAAGCCACUAUCUCUGGCUGAGAAAUGGAUCUUACACAGAUUCAACGAGGCCGCAAGAGACGUAAACGCUGCUAUCGAGAACCGUGACUUCUCCAUAUCAGCAGGAACGCUCUACCAAUACUGGCUGACCCAGCUUUGCGACACAUUCAUCGAAAACUCCAAAUUCCUACUACAAGACGACGCAGACACCAAAACUCAAGAAUCUGCCAAACAAACACUCUACACAGCCCUCGAAGGAGGUCUCCGCCUCAUGCACCCCCUCAUGCCCUUCCUAACAGAACACCUAUGGCAAAAACUCCCCCGCCGCCAAGGUGAUAACACCGAAGCCCUCAUCAUCGCCCAAUACCCCCUCUACCAAGACCAACUCAGCGCCCCGGCCGAAGCCGAACAAUAUGAACUAAUCAUGGACGUCGCCAAAGGCAUCCGCUCCAUCCUUUCCCAAUACGAAUUUAAAGAACCUGGCGACCUCAUCAUCGAAACAAAAUCCACCAAAGCAAACAAGAACCUUUCCAGCGAGACUACGUCCCUCAAGUCCCUGGGCGGGAAAUACUGCAACUCCAUCUCCGUGCAAGCUUCUCAAACAGGAUCUACCUCUAUCCCACCUGGCUGUGCCGUGGAAUCCAUCAAUGCCGAUGUCGCGGUAUAUCUCAAAGUAGCGGGACGAAUCAACAUCGACACCGAAGUCGAGAAGAUCAACAAGAAGCUUGAGGGUGCGGACGCAAGAAAGAAAAAGAGCCAGGCGAUCAUGGCGGGACCGGGAUGGAACAAGGCGAGCAAUGAUACGCAGGAGAAGGAGAAGGAGAAGUUGCAGGAUGCGGAGGGAGAGUUGAUGAGGCUUGAGGCUGCACUGAAGGAUAUGGAGAGGUUGAAGUUGGAGGGGUAG